AUGACUUCAAAUCUAAGUUCCCAAGUGAUCCUGACCGACUCGUCCAAGUGGGAUGAGUGGGAUACUGCGUUCAAUACCUUUGUCCAAGGUCGUGCCAUGGAGGGCUAUCUCGAUGGCACUAUCAAGGCUCCAAAGAGACCGCAUGAACCCGUUAUUAAUGACUAUCUUGAAGGACAAGCGCGUGAGCAACGCACGCAGAGUCAAGACACUGAGGAAGAAUCUCAAAUCUCAAGCUUCCAAGCAAAAAGAGAUCUCAAUAUCCAAGACCUUACCGCAGCCAAACGCAAGGCAUAUGGCGAAGCGGUAGCUACUUAUAAAUUGUUAUUUGACACUUUCCUAAAGCAGUCGAGAGAAUACCAGGAACUUGUCGAUUGGAUGAGAAACACUGUCAGACCAGAAUUCGCCAGAAAUGCCCUAGACACCGCACGCGAGAUUCCCGAAAAGUAUGCCAACCUUGAGGCACUCGCGGGGGGUGGAAAGGCCGAUGUUCUGAGGCAAUUGAACUCCGAAUAUAAACAUCUUACAACGCCAUGGAAGCGUAUCCCAAAGGACAUCCAAAAAUGGAUUAUGGAAUGGGAAAUAUUGAUGACGAAGGGCAAUCGUCAUCGGCUUCCACAAACCCAACUUCCCACUAUCUGGGCGAACGAUUUCUUCAAUGCUGUGCGUUUAGGAUAUCCAGUAUGGGUAGAUUCAUAUAGGUCUGUACAGGAAGAGGCAAUAGACACAGGAACCUUAACCUACCGUGCAUUAUCCAGGGCAUUCCGAAGGACUGUCGACGUAUCCGAUAAUCCAAAAGGCACUGCAGGCCGAAUAGGGGAUAAUAAUAAUCGGAAAAGGAAGGCAACCGGCCAAAAGAGGAAAAGAGACACUGAGAAGCGAGAUAGCACUCGGUGUAAAGCCUGUGGAGGCAUUCAUUCCUUGCGGCAGUGUUAUUAUUUGUUCUCAAAUCUGGCACCAGAAUCAUGGAUCCCAAGGGAUUUCCUUAAGCGUAGAGUAGAGAAAAAUCUCCGCGAGAAUAAUGAGCUAGGUGAGGAAGUAAAGCGAAUUCGAAUUGAUAAGAAUUCAGAUGAAGAUCAUAAGGAUUCGAAUUGA